CUGCUUUUAUCUGCCUUAUUGAGUCACAUUACAUUUUAUAAAUUUUGUAAGCCAAGGCGUAUGAGUUAUUACGUGUGCGCCUGAAGAGGUCACAGAUUUUAAUAUUUAAAAAGUUCUAUUCCUUUUUCUUGGAUGAAAAUUUUGCCUUGGACUAAAUCAAAAAAUACGUGCUUCAACCUUUUUGCUAAAUAUUUUAUAAGAAAGUCUAAGACUCUGAAAAAAAAUAAUUAAACAAAAACAACAACAAUAAUAAUAACAACAACAGCUACAAAAAUUAAAACAGCAAACUUCGUUAAAAUGACAUCGGCUGCCGUCGUUUCCGUCGUUGCCGAAACUAAAACAGCAACAUCAAUAAAUGAAGUAAAGUUGACUUGGCCAAAAGAAACCCCAUAUUAGCGACGCUAGUUAACAAUCGUCUGUCGUCGUGUGUUGUCGUUGGUGUGUUUGUGGUUUAACACAAAAAUUAAAGAACGCGUGCGCCGCGGCGGUUUCCAUGUGAUUUUUUUUAAAUAUAUUUUAUUAAAUUUUUUUCGAAUUUUUGCUUUAUCCCAAAUAAAAUAUUUAGAAUUGUUACUUGCAUUCAAGUGCUGCUAUAAAUUAUAGCAAAAUUUUUUGACGGAAAAUAUUUAUAAGAAUAUUUUUUUCCUUAAAUGAAUAAUGAAUGCUUUUUUAAGAAUAUAUAACCGCAGUGUAUUAAAAUGUGAAUUUUUAAAAAAUUGUGAAAUUUGCUUUUAGCAACAAAAAUUUUUGAUAUAAAAAUAUUUUAUUCAAAUUGCAAAAAAAAAUUUAAAUCUGUGAUUUAAUUAAAGCAAUAUUAUAACACAAUUAACUAGUAGAAAAGCAGCUUUUAUAAAAUGGGUACCAAAUCUCCAGGCGGUCCGCAGCGUUGCAGAUUAAUAUUGCAACAAUGUUUAGCAAUACAACUAAGUAAACCAGGACACACACCUGAAGAUUUUUGGAUGUACGAUUCUGGAUAUAUGAUAUUUCAGAAUUUUCUCGCAGCUAACGCUCAGUGCUGGUGGAAUGCCCCAUUAACCGCUGCAACCCGUGCUUUAAAAUAUGCUGGACAUGUUGCACCUGGCAUGUUAUUAGUAACUGCUGAACCAUGUGCACUCGAAGUACUUAGAGGUGCUUACGCACGUAGCGUCUUAAAACCGCCAGCGACCUAUGUCAUCAGUUCAGUCGGUGACAUCGAUGACUGCAUCGUCACACCGACAGUUCAAGGACAGUUCACACCAUUGCCCGAAGCGCUCUGUGAUGUUAUAAUGGACCUAACAGCAGAGGGACACUCGGCGACAAUUGAGAAUAUACGCACCAAGCUAAGCAUACGAUUUCCACACAUGACAACACCCGCCAUUGAAGUUAUUUAUGACUCGCUAGCACAACUAAUGCAGGAGCAAAAAAUUUACCAAACAUCCAAGGGUUACUUUAUAUUUACACCAGAACGACGUCGUAGUCGAUCGCGUCCACGUAAUAUACGUAAUAUAGCUUAUCAGGAUUUCGAGGAAGUUGAUGAGAUACCUCAGGAGGCGCGCACUAUGCUAAUGACCAAUGCCGAAGCUUUACAUUCUCUGUAUGGAGAAAUAUCAACAGAACGUGAUGGUGAUCUUACGCAUCAAUGUAUACAAACCAAUUUAGCGGAUGUUAUAUGUGGAGGUAAUCCGAACGACAAAAUUCUAUAUCCUCGUGCUGCUAAACGACGCAGUGCUUCAUUUCCUACCCCACGUAGUUUAGAACGAAGGCAUAGUCUCAGACUGUUUGGCUCAUCGAAACGCUUACAACGUUGUGCUUCUACAAGAAGUCUAUCCAAAACUUAUGCACAAACAUUAGCCACUGAUAGCAGCAGCUCAGAGUAUCAAAGCACAGAUUCUUCAUCACCAAAAAAAGGAUCUUUACUCUCGCGUCUGUUUAGGCGAAGUGGCCGCGCUAAGCCUCGUCAAAUCGAAACAUAUUCAGCGCAAUUUCCGCCUGCCGAAUGGUUCAACUCUAGAGCUGUACACUUACACAGUGUGGGUACGCAGACUACAGAUCAUGAAUUACCAGUUACACAUACGCUUUCGAAUUCAACUUUCUAUGAUGGUUCUGAGCUAAGUCAACGUUCAUCAACUUUACCGCGUCGACAUCGUCGGCAUAUGUCCAGUGAAUCAACGUUUUUAAUAUCGUCACGUGAUUGUUCGCCCAUAAGAAGGCGUUCGCCCGUCUACUGCAGCAGCUCCCUACCACGUUCAACACAAUCUAUACCUACAACAGCGAGUGGUGCUGUUUCCAGUAUUGUAGGCAGUACAAAACCAAAUCAUUCUUCAGCCACACUUUCACGUCUCUCAACGCCCAACUCCACCAACAGCACGCACAAAACUGCACAAAAGAGCGUCAUUGGCAAACAUAUUUUCGAACAGUCACAGUCUCCGUCACGUUCAACGGCUACACUCAAAUCGCUUCCAAAGCGACAGACAGACAAUAUAAUUGUCAAUGGUUAUGUGGAUAAUAAAACAUGUUAUCGCAACGCACAAAGCGGUCCAUCCAGUCUUGAAUCAGGCAAAGCAUCUUCAAUGUUUACAUCUGGACCUUCAAGCAUAGACAGCGGCAAAGUAUCAUUUAGCAAAACCAGUGGUCAUUCUAGUCUAGACUCACAGUGCUCUACAAAUACAGCUGUGAUACAACCAAGCCCAGCACGUUCAAUACUGGUGCUGAACGGUUCACCACGAGGCACACCACGACAUCAAGUUAUGCGUGCACGUGCCGCUGAGCAAUCGCAGCGCAAUCGUUCAUCGACACCAUCACGCAUACUGGAAGAAAUAACCAAUCAACAACAGCAGCAACAGCAACAACAACAAACCAGUAGUAGUCGCUGCUCAUCAUCAGCUGGACAGGUUACAUUUAAUAGUGUGCCCAAUUCAAAUUCCAACAAUUCAAUAACACUACAAGUGACCACCUCAAAUGGCAGCCAGAGCAGUAUUCCAAGCACAAAAAUAUUCGUACAAAAUUCACCAGUGCGUAGCGUUAUAACGCUGGAAAAUGGCAAACUAAUGGAAAACUCAAAUGUGUUCAUCAUCAACAACGAGACCACCACCAAUGAAAAGGGAGAAAUCAUUAAGAAGACGCUGUCCAAGCACCAAACAACGCCCAUGAAAAGUCAGCAACAGGAGCAACUCAACAAGCAUCUCUAUAAAGAAAGUUCUAUCAGUGAAAAUGAUGCAAAUUCCGAGACUUGUGACUCCAUAUCAUUUAUCAGUGAAACAUCGCCCGAUAAUCUGGAUACGCUGAGCUCAACAGAAAUAAUAGACAAUUCGAAAUUCACCAAGAACAUAAACAAUGACGCCACUAUGAAUAACAGCCGUAAGCUCGGUCUGCAGCUGUCACAACACGGUUCAAACAAUAUUGUUUACAAGAAUAACGUCCUGAAAAACGAGUCCAAUCCCACUUCACCGAGCGGGGAAAAAACGUUGACUAUGGCAGCCUUAGCUAAACAAGAUUUUGAAAUUGCUGGUUCAAUUGAUAAUUUGCGCUUCUACGAGAAGGGAAGCGUAAACGAAACACAGGGUAAAUUGAUGAAUUCGCAUUGCGAUCUGAAGAAUCUGUGUUAUGAAUCUGUGGGAAACUUACAAAAAUCUGGCAAUUUACUUAAUUCCAAUCCUGCCAUCAAUGGCGACGACAUAGCGCAUUUAUUGCAGAAGAAUAUGAUUGCGGUAGGCAGUGAACCGAAUUUGGCCUUGAAGGACAAUAAUUGUGCAAUUGGUACGGACAAGUCUAUUGAGAAGGAAGCACUCGAUCGUCGGUUUAGUCUGACAAAGGAGAAAGCAUGCGGUGGGCCAACAGGUGCUGAAGACCUAUACAAUUUUCCAAGUUUAACCGAUUUGAGCUUUAAUUUUACCUCAUUAGCUGCGCAGAAGAUACUACAGGGUGUCAGUUUAAAUAGCAUCGAUACGCUUGUGGAACUCAAUAUGGCUGCGGCGGCUGCAGCGGCUAAUACCGCAAAAGAAAAGCAACAAAAUAACCAACCCACUGCAGUCUGCACAGAUUACGGCAUGGUUUAGAGAGGACAUGGUUCAUCGCAAAGGAAUAUUUAGAGUAUGGAGGUUUCGGCUACAGUUUCGCUACAGUUUGGCAACAGCAAAUAAAUUAUUAUUAUUGUUAUUAUAAUAAUAUUUAUAAUUUUAAUCAUUGUUUAAACGUUUAUAUGCUUGACUGAUACGCAUGAGCUUUGAAUAUUUCUCCAGACUUAAAAAUAGUGAACAAAAAAAAAAAAUAAAUUAAAAAUUUCUAUAAAAAUUUAGGAACGUUUUAUAACGAAAUAUGUAUGUGUAAUAAAUUAUUUUAUACAAAAACGGGUAUUAUAUAUAAUAUGAUGAAUCCAUUAUUAAUUGGAGACCACAUUUAUUUCACACAGUAAUCAAAAUAAAAUUUAAUUUUAUUUGAUUUAAUUUAAUUCGGCUUUUGUCCUCUUCUUCAAUUGCUUAGUUAUUUUAAUAUUUUUUUACAGUGCCAAAAUG